UGACUACACUGACGAGACCUGUGCAAGUUAUUUAUGUCUGCAGUCACAGCAUAUCCUUUGUACUGCCCCUCAAAGCAGGUUGAGCAGGUGGUACAUUUCCAGGAAAAGGGGCGUUUCUCGGACCUGGUGUAAGUUGAUUUGCCUACCUUAGAACAUUUUGAUUUCCAGAACUCGCUGGCUUCAAGAGCAUCAACAAAUAAGAGCUAAAUCUCUGUAGGCGUUUCCCUUUUUUACAACAUAAAAUGGCCGAGGAUCGUUUGAAAGAAUCGAAGACGUUUUUCACGGAGGGGAAUAUGAACUCGGAUGCCGUCAUACAGAUGGAAGACCACGAGCUUCACGUGGACCUGAACAUUAUCUCUCUGAUGUCCUCGACCCUGGCCGGUGAGUUCCAGCCACGUCCAGACCCAAACUCUCUUCCAGGCGAAACGAACAAAGCCGUGGCUAAGUUGGUCGGACCAGUUGACCACUUCGUCGACUUGCUGACCUCCAUCUACCCCAACUUCAGGAGCGUCAACGUUGUUAAUAAAGACAACGUGGAGUACCUGCUUCCAUUGGCUGCGAAGUACAAGCUGCUGUUUCUGCUCCGGAGGUGUGAAAAAUAUAUUGUUGAAGCUGUAUCUCGGAUGCAAUGUAAAUACUAUACAUGUAAUAGUAUAUUUGGUUCCAAUAGUAAUAAUUACAGUUGCUAUGAUCGAGAUGAUAUAAAACGUCUCAUGCGAUAUUUCGCGUUGGCAAACCAAACCAACUUGGAAGCGAGGAAACAUUGUAUGGAUAAAUUAGUAACGCACAGUUACAGUGUAAACAGGAAAGAUAAAGACAAUGUACCAGAACCAACACGACAUACUGCGGCAUUCAAGCAGCUCGACCCUACGACAAGAUGGGAAAUACUGCGAAACCGGGUAUUUUACCUGGAAGGCGUCCUUGAAGCAUGUUGUCAGCCACGUCUCCUUCUCCAUCCUCCAGGUACCUACGGUAAAGUGACAGACAACGUGGAAGACCUCUGAGAACGAGGGACACCAAGUUGGUAGCGCCAACAACCCAAACAACUUCAUCUUAACACGAUGUGGCAACGACAUCCCCCGACUUGGAUAUAGUAUUGGUGUCUAUAUGAUGUCAUUCAUCCAUUCUCGUCUUCUACCUAUCUAUCCAUCCAUCCCACUUCUACUAUCCACCCACUUACGCUCUAUAUAUCCCGUGUUACAUAAAUAUGGUG